CCACAGGACGCGCGACGCUGAGCACGACACGGACCUGGUCACCAUGGCCGCGCUGCUGUCAGCUGCACAGUCACCAGUGCACCCCCCAUGGGCCAUGCGAGCCGCACGCUGUUUCAACGUUCUCAGUGAUGCUCCACUUCGUCCAUGGUGGUCCGCAUCACGAACGGACUCAAAAUCGUCAACGUCGUGUCAGUGGCUGGAUGGCGGCUUGUCAUCUGCCCGCCUCGUGCGACUGUGGCCAGGACGACCUUGUCAUUCGCGGCGCAACCUUGUUCCAUAUCGUCGAAAUGUGUUCUUUCGGGCAGCACUGUCGCACCACUCCGAAUCGUGCAUGUUUUACGACAACCAGACUCCAUAUCGAGCGGAGGUGGGCAGCUAACAACUGGCUUGAAGGCGAAGUUCGCACAAGUGCUCCCUCCGUCUCCUGCUCCCUGCUUCUCGCUGACGCGGCCUCCCACCGUCCAUUGACAACGGCCCAUGGAAGGUUUCCCUUCCUCCAUUUCCUUCCGUAUGAUCCCUGUAACCUACAACUGUGUGAUGAUGCUUGUCGUGCUUUCCAACGAAGCCGCAUCGUUUGCCAGGCUGUUUCUGCCAUUCAGCCACUACCUCCGUGGAAGUUCACAGACAUCACAGACGUUCUGUCACGCAUCAAGGACCUACCGGAGAUGAUACGUACGCCCGAGAACGCGUAUCAUAUCUGGUCUUCGACUCUGCCCUGCACGGCGAAGAGAAGCGGUAUGUAUACAUACUCGAGCCUCACCACGCCUGUGCCGCGGCGUACGUUUCAAUCUCGGUCAAGACAUAGCUUGGAUAUAGCUCAUCUUCAUAGCGAUCAGCACAGCCCAGCGUACCAUGCUCUCGAGUCCGUGAGCUGGAAACCCUUCUGUUGUUUACGAAUCUCCAUUUCGUCCGUACUGUUUCAUGGCGAUACUCGACAUGCCAGCCUAGGCAGUGCCAGUGAAUAACGCUCGGGGCACCGUACUACGGCGCGUCGAUGUCAAGUUCGACAUUCCUCGGCCAGGAUCUUACGCACGCGGAUUCAGAUCAGGUUCAAUCUGUGCUAUAUGAUAUCUUGUGAAUGUAUGAGGCCUAC